GAGAAAGAGGGAGAGAGGAGGGAGAGAGGUGCAGGAGGAGGACCAGAGCAUCUCCUGAGCACCUUUUCAGAGCCGCUCUGAGGCGCGGAGCCGCAGUCCUGCGUGAGCCGCGGUGCGUCCUUCACCUCCAGCAUCUCUGACUCUGGAGCCGAGACUCAGCCGCUCAGAGCCGCACGAGCACCGCGCUUUGGAGACGUUUACGCACGACUCUGAGAGCUCUGCAAGACUCGUUUAGACUCGAUAUUUGAGGAUUUGGACUUUGCCGAGUUUUGAAAACUUUUCUAAACUUUUGUAAACACAGAAUGACUUUUCCAGCUUCAGCCAAACGCAGAGCAGCGUGCGGCGCGUCCUGUGCGUAAAAGUGGAUUGUACCGCGGCGGUGCCAGUGCCAGACGCCUCUGUGGCUCUUUUCAGGUGUUUUCUUCGUGUUUUCGCACAGACUGAGCCUUUUAGACGUUUCCAAACGGCCCAUUCAUUCAGCGCACACCUCACAGGCGCGCGAGCCACUGCGCUUUUACGCAACAACGGAGCGCUCUUUUCUGACUGCACACGGCCUCCUCCCUGCGCUGCACCGCUGCUCCGGGACCAACGGGACACACGGGGCUCCCCUCGCGAUGGUUUUCAGCUCGUUUGACCUGGUGUCCGCGCUGGCCACGCUGGCCGCGUGCCUCGUGUCCGUGGCGCUGCUGCUCGCGGUGUCGCAGCAGCUGUGGCAGCUCCGGUGGACGGCCACGCGGGACAAGAACUGCAAACUGCCGAUGCCCAAAGGAUCCAUGGGCUUCCCGAUCAUCGGAGAGACGUGCCACUGGCUCGUGCAGGGCUCGAGUUUCCACGCGUCGCGGCGGCAGAAAUACGGGAACGUGUUUAAGACUCACCUUUUGGGAAGACCGCUGAUCCGAGUGACCGGAGCCGAGAACAUCCGGAAGGUUCUGAUGGGGGAGCACACCCUGGUGACCGUGGACUGGCCCCAGAGCACGUCCACUCUGCUCGGGCCCAACUCCCUGGCCAACAGCAUCGGGGACAUCCACCGCAAACGCCGGAAGGUUUUCGCCAAAGUUUUCAGUCACGAGGCGCUGGAGUCGUACUUACCCAAAAUCCAGCAGGUGAUCCAGGAGAGCCUGCGAGUGUGGAGCUCCAACCCAGAGCCCAUCAAUGUCUACAGGGAGAGCCAGCGUCUGUCCUUCACGAUGGCGGUGCGGGUGCUGCUCGGGUUCAGGGUGUCGGAGGACGAGAUGAAGCAUCUUUUCUCCACGUUCCAGGACUUUGUGGACAAUCUGUUCAGUCUGCCCAUAGACCUGCCCUUCAGCGGGUACAGGAAGGGCAUCCGGGCGCGGGACACGUUGCAGAGGAGCAUAGAGAAGGCCAUCCUGGAGAAGCCUCUGUCCCAGGGCAAAGACUACAGCGACGCUCUGGACGUGCUGAUGGAGAGCGCCAAGGAGAACGGCGCCGAGCUCACCAUGCAGGAACUCAAGGAGUCCACCAUCGAGCUGAUCUUCGCCGCCUUCGCCACCACGGCCAGCGCCAGCACCUCCCUGAUCAUGCAGCUCCUCCGUCACCCGCAGGUGCUGGAGCGUUUACGGGACGAGCUCCGAUCCCGCGGCCUCCUCCAAAACGGCCGCCUGUGUCCCGAGUCGGAGCUGCGUUUGGACACGGUGGUGAGCCUGAGGUACCUGGACUGCGUCAUCAAAGAAGUGCUCCGCCUGUUUACGCCCGUGUCCGGGGCCUACCGCACCGCCAUGCAGACGUUCGAACUCGACGGGGUUCAGAUCCCUAAAGGCUGGAGCGUCAUGUACAGCAUCCGCGACACCCACGACACCUCCUCCGUGUUCAAAGACGUCGACGCGUUUGACCCCGACCGCUUCAGCCAGGAGCGCGGCGAGGACAAGGAGGGCCGAUUCCACUACCUGCCGUUCGGGGGCGGCGUCCGCUCCUGUCUCGGCAAACAACUCGCCACCCUGUUCCUCCGCCUGCUAGCCAUAGAGCUCGCUAGCACUAGCCGGUUCGAGCUAGCCACGCGGAAUUUCCCACGCUUGAUCACGGUACCGGUAGUGCAUCCGGUCGACGGGCUCAAAGUGAAGUUCUACGGUUUGGACUCGAAUCAAAACGAAAUUAUGGCCAAGACGGAAGAGCUAUUGGGAGCUACGGUUUAGGCGAGCGGAAACAACGCUGCAAAUUGCUAAAUUUUGAAAGAAGAAAUGAAAAUAAAUCGCUAAGUCAAGUUUUCUUGCUGGAAGUUCGUUUGCAAUGACUAAAAAUACGUACCAACCGAAUCGGGACUGUCCUCGUACAAAGGAAGAAGUUGCCAAAAAAGUUUAGUUGGUGUUAUUUUUAAGACAAAUCGCAUUUUACAAAAAAGCUAUAGGCCGACAAUUUAUUGGAAAGAAAAGUAGGGAGUGCACAAGAUGAGAGGGAUAGAGCGCUAGCAUAGGUGGAAUCUCGGAAAAAUGAAGUGAUAAACGUAGAGAGAAAGAGAUAGACGUAGAAAGUUGGAUAAAACAGGGUAUAGACUGAAAGAGAGUGAUAUUUUAGCAUUUAGCUUAAACUAAAUCAACGGACCAUUUUGUUUUGUAAACCAGGGUAAAUUAGAUUAGGGUAACUUUUAAUUAUUUUUAGCUAAAGUUAUUGGUUUUUUAGUCUGGGAAAUGUUUUAAAAAUCGAGCGCCGUUGGAGGCAUUCAGUUCAGGUUGCAGUUAGUUCAAAUGCAGUGUUAUCUUUGCACAGGUUAGACGUUAUUUCAAUACAAAACCUCACGUGGCAUUAAUAAACAGCAAGACGGGAACGAUGCUAAUGUCAGCUAGUUAGCAUUGUUGCCAUAGUAAUUAAUAAUUCACAUUUUGAUUUGUUAAAAGUUCUAUAUUACACAAAACUGACUCUUGUGAGCUUUAAGGUGCUGUUUUUUUCCAUCAAAAACAGACCUGGAGUUGUGUUUUGUAACUCUUUAUUACAUCUCCAAACCUCAAAACGCUCUGUUCCACCUUGUGAUGUCACAAAGUGGUAGUUUUCAAGCUAACAGCUACGUUUUACCUUUUGUUUAGUAGAAAUCUGCAAUUUCCAGAGCUGAAAUGAUCAAAAUGAUUCUAGAAAUGAAGGUGUGUGGAGUUUAAAAACACAGCGGAGCACUUCCUGUAUCACCACUCGAUGACAUCACAAGGUGGAACAGCGUGUUUUGAGAUUGAGAGAACAACUCCGGCUAAAAUAUACAGGAUUUUGCACAACUCCUGGUCUGUUUUUGAUGAGGAAACAACAUUAAAACAUCAGAAAAUAGACAAAUAUCGGCCAUUUAAAAGUACUCAAAAUGGCGACUAUAAACAGGAAGCUAACACCCUUUUAUCGCUAACAUGCUAACAGUCUCAGGAGUUUUGACGCAGAUAUGCUACAGCCCUACAAGUCGACACACUUCCAAUCGUACUAGCUUACUUUAGCGUGUAAUUAAGCUAAUAUUUUCUAACCUGUGCACCGAUAGUUCAAGAGUUACGUAAGAUUGUAUCGUUAGCGACGUCAAUUUGAUGCUAAGGACGAAAUGGAGGUUGAAGACUUACAUACAUGCUGCUUAACUGUUGCUUUGUCAUUAUAUUUGUAUUGUACCAUGUGUAUUUUGGCAAAGGCAACGCGAAAAUGCAAAAA